UUUCAAACCGUUCUUCGUUCCCUCGAGCAGUCACGAAGAAAAGAGGUUUCACCGGAGACUUUCAUGCAUGCGUGUCCUCUUGCUCGGAAGCUCAUUGUGCAACCACAUAUAUCGUUAACCUGUACGGCAAAGAUUUCGUUUUCCUUUUAAAUUUUGUGUAGAAACUACCAAAUCAAUGGCUCUCUCUCUCUCAAGCCACUUUCCGCUGGCUUCACCCCUCUCUGCUUCCUUUUCUUCUUUAAAACCCACCAAAACCCUAGUCCUAACCGCACUACACCGACAUCACACGCCUACUCUCUUAAAGCCCAUUCUAGGGAUUUCCCUCUCCCAUCCCUCUCCAAUAAAUAACAUUUACAAGAGGCACUCCUUCAAUUCAUCUGUCUCUCCUCAGGAAGCCGUUCCCACGACAAAUGACGAGGAGGGUAUUAAAGUAUCUGAGGGUGAAGUAAAUAAGAAGCAUUUAUUGAGUUUGAAGACCUUAUUUACAGCUUACAAAGAGGCUCUUUUUUAUGGAGAUCUGAGAACUGUAUCAGACAUAGAAGCCAUGAUACACGUACUAGAGAAUCAGAAGAAUGAAUUGGAAGAGAAAGUCUCUGCAUUAUUGGCAGAGAUAACCUCUGGGAAGGAGAAGUAUAUCCGCUUGCAAGCAGAUUUUGAUAAUUUUAGAAAAAGAUCUGAAAAGGAAAGAACUACAACAAGGUCUGAUGCUCAGGGAGAAUUGAUUGAGAGCCUUUUGCCCAUGGUGGACAGUUUUGAAAGAGCAAAACAACAGAUAAAACCAGAAACAGAGAAAGAGAAAAAGAUUGAUACAAGCUAUCAAGGUAUAUACAAGCAAUUUGUGGAAAUUCUGAGGAGCUUGCAAGUUGCAGCUAUUGCAACUGUUGGAAAGCCAUUUAAUCCCUCGCUCCAUGAAGCCAUUGCACGAGAGGAGUCUCAAGAAUUCAGUGAAGGGAUUGUAAUACAGGAAUUGCGUCGAGGAUUUCUACUUGGAGACCGGCUUCUCAGACCUGCCAUGGUUAAAGUUUCUGCUGGACCUGGCCGUAAGAAAGUGCCAGGGGCCACCAAGCAACCUACAACAGCUGCCGGAGUAGGUGAACCAUGAUUCUGUGGUUGCCACAUGCCAUCUUCAGAAACAUGGAAUUUUUGUUAUCAGCAUUUGCAGUAAACGCGGACAUUAAAAGAAUUUUGUUUUGUAGCUUCAUCUUCCUGAUUUAUGUUUCCUAGCUCCCUUGCUUCCUAUUUUACAUAACACGUCAUAACUUGGUAUUACACACUAAGGAAGCCAAAAGUGUACAUUUCAACUGUAUUAAUCCAUUGCUUUAUUAUAGAAAUACAUGAUUCUCUCU